AGGCUAUCAACGCUCUCUCCAUCUUCCUUCUCCCCUCACCAGCCUAAUCAUCCGCCAUGGCCACCAAAAUCGUCACCUACGAGGAGUUGAAGGCUCACAAUUCGAAAGACAGCAUUUGGCUCCUCGUUCAUGAGAAGGUGUACGAUGUCACCAAGUUCAUUGACGAGCACCCCGGAGGAGAUGAAGUAAUCUUGGCUGAGACGGGCAAAGAUGCUACUGAAGCGUUUGAAGACGUCGGUCAUUCCGAUGAGGCCCGCGCUUUGUUGCCUGAUCUGUUCGUUGGCGACUUCGAGAAGGAUGGCGAGCUGAAGGUUAAGUCGGCCACCAAAUCUGCAGCUACACCAUCGACAGCAGUCAACACUGCGGUGCAGCAGGGUUCAAAUUUGAUGUACUUUGUACCUCUUGGUCUUCUCGGUGCUUACUUUGCUUGGAGAUACUACUCCAGCGGAUCCGUGUAGAGUUUUGAGGCUCGACUCACUCUUCUAUCGAUCAUUUGCUUACUACUUAGAUUCUGCUUCAUCUUCCAUUGUUGUCUUCUUGGCUUCUACCUGCAUAUGUUCACCACGAUUCCCCCUUACUCUCCCGUGUGUUGCGGCAUUCAUCAUCUCUCGUGUUAGGCAAGUACAGGACGGUUUGUGACAUACAUGCAGAAAGAUGACCAUAUCGCACAUGUAAUUUCUGAUACUUCUUGGGAGCUUUUUUCACAGUUGAAACCUCCUGAGCACCGAUAGAGUUCACAAAGCAAUGUACAGCUUUAAGGAGUUCCCCGAAGUUUCAUUGCUCGCUAGUCCCUACAAUAUGUGUUUGUUAGGCUACGGUGCGAAACACCUGGUCACCGCUACCUCUGUACAUCGGAAACAGCAUUCGUUGGAGACGCGAGUGUAUCAUCCCCUCUUGUAGAAAUGCUACCUUGAACGAUAGGAAUCAAUUCACG